AUGGGCAUCAAUAAAUCCUUAAAAUUUUCCGACAAAUUGAAUUCUGAAAAUUCGCCGGAUUCUUUUUCGGCCGUUACUUCCGAGAUUCCUAUCAUUUCCGUAGGUCCCUAUGGGAUUUUUUAUGACUACGGUUCCUUUGCAAAAUGUUUUUGUAAUCAAUGUGAUGGACGUCGUGUUCCGCUUUACACUUGUAAGAGCGAAAAUUGUAAUAUCAAAUGUCCACCUCAUACUAGAAAAUGUUCUGAAUGUGGCGAUCACAAUUAUUUGGCUAGACGUAUAAUUAAUCGUAAACAUUACGCUAGUCGGAAAUCCCGUUUAAUUUCUGAGAAUUCUGUUUCUUCAAUAAAUAAAUCAUCUGAUUCCAUCAAUGACAUGGAUUUGAAAGAAAUUUGGAACAACGCUUGUUCGGAAGCACUUGAACAUCAGUAA